AUGUCUCCAACACACUCGAGCAAGCCCAGCAUUGCAACAUCUGUGGACACAUAUCUGAGCAAUGACACAACGGGAGAUUGGAAAAGGUUCUCUGCUCAUACGGACCUCGAGGCUCAACAGACCCCGACCAGGUGGUGUGCCACGAUCCGAUAUCUCCUUCUCACCAUCUACCGCCGCUUGUUUUCACUGGUGUAUUGUGCCAAUGCGGUCGCAUUCGUGAUCGUCAUGGUCGAGAGUCAACAGAAACUCCUUGCAUUCGUCAACGCAGCGGGCAUCAAUUUGCUCGUCUGCGGUCUUGCACGACACCCACUAGUGGUGAACGCUAUCUUUGUGGGCAUAUGCCGUAUCCCGCAGUCAGCACCUCUCGCGCUGCGCAAGAUGGCGGCCAAGGCGUAUCAUUAUGGCGGUGUACAUAGUGGAUGUGGUGUGGCCGCCUUUUUGUGGUAUACCGGUCUGGUGGCUCUGAUAUCUCGGGAAUAUUGGGUGUUUCGAGACUCGACGGCGGUGUCCGUCGCCGUGGUGGUUCUAGCCUACGUUCUACUUGUGGUGCUUGUGGCCAUCAUUGUGGUUGCAUACCCUACAUUCCGGACGAAGAGGCAUGACUACUUCGAGCUCAUGCACCGGUUCGGGGCCUGGUUGGCUGUGGCCCUUUUUCUCACCCUGUUGUUGGUUUUCUCGGAUCAUGCUCGACAUGUGGAAGGCCUCGCCCUCGGACAAUAUCUACUGAAGCUCCCAGCGUUCUGGUUUGUCCUGGUGAUCAUCCUGACUAUUGUUCAUCCCUGGCUCCUACUUCGGAGGGUGCAAGUUGUGCCAGAGUAUCUGUCACCGCAUGCAGUCCGACUCCACUUGGAUCACACAUCCACCGCAUUCGGCAAGGUCAUCGCCCUGUCCAAACAUCCGCUGCAGGACUGGCAUAGCUUUGCCACUUUCCCUAAUCCGGAUGGUAAGAGCUUUUCAUGUAUCGUGUCCAAAGCUGGUGACUGGACGACGCGGUGUAUCAAUCAGCAGCCCACCACGCUGUGGAAGCGAGGAGUCCUCAUGUAUGGGUUCAUCCACGUGAUGCGGGUUUUUCGCCGGGUGGUCGUGGUGGCCACUGGGUCGGGUAUCGGGCCCUGCCUGUCAUUCUUAAGCGAGAAGAAUCGUCCUCCUCUGCGGGUGCUCUGGCAGACACGCAACCCGAAUCGGACAUAUGGCCGAGAGGUCCUCAGCCUAGUGCAGCAACUAGACCCGAACCCACUGAUCAUCGACACCAACAGUAGCGGUCGAGUGGAUAUGGUGCCCAUAGUACAAGAACUCGUUCGCGAAUUCGAUGCAGAGGCUGUCUGUGUGAUUAGCAACCCGGGACUGACGAAAAAGAUCGUCUUUGAACUCGAGGCUCGCGGUGUGUCCGCUUUUGGACCCAUCUUUGACUCUUAGCAAAAACAAAAAAAGAAGAGAAAAGAAAAGGAAAGGAAAGGAAAAGGAAAUACUUGCAUGAAUACUAGAUAUGCCUUUGAUACGAAUCACAACGACUAGUUACUUUUUAUUUUCUUUUCCCCGUUAGCUUUGGACUAUCGAGCACGAUAUGCUCAGAUGAAAC